AUGGCCUCACAAAAACACGUCGCGGAAUUCCCGCGCCAUGUUAUCCCCCGCCUAACUUGGAACAGCUCAUCACGCCCUUCCGUCACCAUUCACUAUCCCGCAUUCACAACCCAAAAACGACCACUCUCCCAAGGCUGGAGUCCUUUGAAACAAGCCAAUAAUACCGCAAACCCUCCCUCCCAAUAUUCCCGCCUCAUCUUCACACCUUCUCGGGGCUUCAUCUCUAGCGCUCUCGUUUCCCGACGUCCCUCACCCAAGCCGACAACCUUCACACAAACGAACCCUAUCCGACAUAAUGGUGUCUACGUCGCAACCUUCAACGUUGCUCGUCGCGCUUUCCAUGCGACCCCAGCUCGUCCCCGCGACCAUCACUUUGAUACUCUUAAAUUCGUGAAGCGCCUCCAGAACGAGGGCUUCAGCGAGGAACAGUCCGUAGCCAUGAUGCGGGUCCUCAAUGAUAUCAUUCAAGAGUCCAUCCAGAACUUGACCAGAACAAUGGUUCUUCGGGAAGACUCGGAACGAUCAACAUACACACAAAAGGUCGACUUUGCCAAACUUCGCUCGGAACUGCUCAAUGCGGACUCUACCGAGGCACAGUUGACCCGGUCUUCGCAUGAGAAGAUUGCUGCAGACCUCGCUAAGCUCAAUUCACGACUUCGUGACGAGAUCGGUCGCACGCAGGCCUCUGUCCGCUUAGAUUUGAACCUGGAGAAAGGUCGGAUUCGCGAAGAGGCGAAUGGCCAAGAGAUGCGCAUUAAGGAAACCGAAACGAGAAUUGAGCAGGAGGUAGCGGGUCUGAGAGAACGAGUCGAGGCUGUCAAGUUCUCAACCUUGCAGUGGCUUAUGGGUGUUUGCACCGGUACUGCGGCCCUUAUUCUUGGUGCCUGGCGCUUGUUUAUGUGA